AUGGAUUUCGCAGUUGAAAGUAAUUUACAUUCUUUGAUUACAUCUACUACUCACAAAUGGAUUUUCGUAGGUGGAAAAGGUGGUGUCGGUAAGACCACCUCUUCAUGUUCCAUUGCUAUCCAAAUGGCUUUAGCUCAACCAAAUAAACAAUUUCUAUUGAUUUCUACAGACCCUGCCCAUAACUUAAGUGAUGCAUUCGGUGAAAAAUUUGGUAAAGAUGCAAGAAAAGUUACUGGUAUGAAGAAUUUAUCUUGUAUGGAGAUUGAUCCUUCUGCUGCAUUAAAGGAUAUGAAUGAUUUAGCUGUGUCUAAAGCUAACAGUGGCAGUGGUAACGGUGAUGAUGGUGAUAACUUAGCUGAUUUAUUGCAAGGUGGCGGGUUAGCUGAGUUGACUGGGUCUAUCCCAGGUAUUGACGAAGCCUUGUCUUUCAUGGAGGUUAUGAAACAUAUUAAAAGACAAGAGCAACAGGGUGGGGAAGGUGAAGUGUACGAUACUGUCAUUUUUGAUACUGCACCAACUGGUCACACUUUAAGAUUUUUACAGUUGCCAAACACAUUGUCUAAAUUAUUGGAAAAAUUCAGUGAAAUUACAGGUAAAUUAGGGCCAAUGCUAAAUUCUAUGAUGGGUGCGGGAAAUGUUGAUAUUGCAUCGAAAUUGAAUGAUUUGAAAUCCAAUGUGGAGACUAUUAGACAACAAUUCACUGAUCCAGAUUUGACUACUUUUGUUUGUGUCUGUAUCAGUGAAUUUUUGUCUUUAUAUGAGACAGAAAGAUUGAUUCAAGAACUAAUAUCAUAUGACAUGGAUGUGAAUGCAAUUAUUGUCAACCAAUUAUUGUUUGCUGAAUAUGAUAAAGAACAUAAUUGCAAAAGAUGUCAAUCUAGAUGGAAGAUGCAACGUAAGUACUUGGAUCAAAUUGAUGAGUUAUACGAAGAUUUCCACGUCGUUAAGAUGCCAUUAUGUGCUGGUGAGAUUAGAGGUUUAAAUAAUUUAACCAAAUUCUCUCAGUUUUUAAAUAAAGAAUAUAAUCCGGAGACUGACAAUCAUAUCAUCUAUGAAUUAGAAGAAAAGAAUUAG